AUGCAGAUCCUUAUUAAAGAAUUAUUUCAUAUAAUCAGCAAAUUACAAGAAAAUUCAUCUAAUUUUGUAGUGCAACCUUUAGUACUUAAUAGAGUUGUUAGUUUUAAGGUUGUUAAAGACAAUAUUAAAAAGAACUAUGACAAUAUAGAAUUUAAUAUUAAUACUUUGGUAUAUAGUUUUGAUAUUUGA